ACCCUAAAACUCCACACAGGAACCCGCCGCCGUCGCUUACUCUCAGAGACCGAAAAGAUGAAGACGAUCUUGUCAUCUGAGACGAUGGACAUCCCCGAAGGCGUGGUGAUCAAGGUUCACGCCAAGGUGAUUGAAGUGGAAGGCCCACGAGGGAAACUCACCCGUGAUUUCAAGCAUCUGAACCUCGAUUUCCAGCUCAUCAAAGACCCCGUCACAAGCAAGAGACAGCUCAAGAUCGAUUCUUGGUUCGGCUCUCGCAAAGCUAGUGCCUCCAUCAGGACUGCUCUUAGUCACGUUAACAAUCUCAUCGCUGGUGUCACUCAAGGUUUCCUUUACAAGAUGAGGUUUGUGUACGCCCAUUUCCCCAUCAAUGCUUCCAUCUCCGGCAACAACAAGUCUAUUGAGAUCCGUAACUUUCUUGGAGAGAAGAAGGUUAGGAAGGUUGAUAUGUUGGAUGGUGUUACUAUUGUUCGAUCUGAGAAGGUGAAGGAUGAGAUUACUCUUGAGGGAAAUGACAUUGAGUUAGUCUCCCGGUCAUGCGCUUUGAUCAACCAGAAAUGCCAUGUGAAGAAGAAGGAUAUCAGAAAGUUUCUUGAUGGUAUCUAUGUGAGCGAGAAGGGCAAGAUCGCUGUCGAAGAAUGAAGAGACUAUGGUGGAACGAUGAUAUAGUCGUAGCUUUCUGUUCACUUCUCUUGUGGGUUUGUAGUUUUGAUUCCUUUGGACCAUUUGAUAAUGUUUGGGUUUCUAUCCACCCGGUUCUAUUUAAAGUUUUUGAGACUAUGUUUCUUGGAAUUUUCUUGGAUUUAGUUUUGAGUUAUAUCCUAUUUUUAUUGAGCUUGAAAGAAUAUCUAUACUUUUAAAAUUCUACAUUCUUCAUGCCUGUUUUUGGAUAAUGAAUUACUGUGAUUGACAAAGGAAGAUGAAUGUUUGUUUAGAUUUGGCUUGUUUAUUUGAUUAUCA